UCUUACGUGAGUGGGAGGGAGUCGAUCAGCUGAGACAGCAGCUGUAUAUAAACUGCACUGAGCUCAGACCUAAAACACAGCUGCUGCAGAGCAUCGUCUGUUUGCCUUUCGCCGUUUGAAGACUUAAAAUUUCCGGAGAAGUUUGUUGUUGUUUAGUGUCAAAAAGACCACUUUCAACAUGGAUAUAAUCAUCACUAUGCUGAGUGAGACCCGGACAGUGAGGGUUCACGCACAGGCGACAGUUGGAGAUCUGAAAAAAAUCAUCCACGAGAAGCUGGGAGUCCCCCCUCAGAGACAGAAGCUGGUUUUUGUCAACGGUCAGAGGACGGAUCUCAGCAACGAUUCACAGCCCAUCACCUACUACGGCGUUCAGUCUGGAUCCAGGGUGUCCCUGCUGGUGACCGAGCCGACCCAGCCGGCGACCAUCCAGGUGUUCCUGAGGAACGAAAAGGGGCAGUUAAACACCUACGACAUCAAACCUGACGAGACAGUCAGUAACUUCAAGAGCAAGGUCCAGUGCAGAGAGGGGGUGCAGGUGAGCCAGCAGAGGCUCGUUUUCCAAGGCCGGGAGAUGAGUGGAGGUUACCUGUCUGACUACAACGUCCAGGCGCUGAGCACCAUCGACUUGUGUCUCCGUCUGAGAGGAGGCUGAGGACCCUGUCACACGGUCACUGUUAGAAACUAAUGGAGACGCUUAUCUAAUUUAAAUACUGAUCAAAUCAUCCCUCGAAUAAAAUGUUUGAAUCUUUAAGCUUCACUGUAUAGCCCAUGUGGAGAGUUUGACGAUAUAUUUACUGAUCAAAGUGUACAUUUUCUCUGUGCUCAGUGAAAAUCUGACUUUAAGAGGCGGACCCAUGAUGUCUUGAAAGAGAGUCCUGCUCCAGUGUUGAGCGAGUAUGAGUUUGAAGUUGAAGUCUACACUGAGGUUGGACUUUACAGUGAAGUAUGAGUCACCUGGUUUCCGGAAGUUAAACCUGUCAGAUGAAAAAUACUUUACACAAAAGUAAAACAUAUUAGAGUAUUUAUGUAUGUCUUGUGGAGGGGACCUUUUAAUGUCCUAUUUAUUUUUUAGCUUUAUUUUGAGAAGAAAAAAAACAAGCAAUGCAUUCCUCACUGUGUAGCACUGCCAUAUGUCAAAAACUAAUGAUGCUAAUUUUGUUUUGACCCUACAGAUAUAUCAUAUACACAGCACAACAGAUUUUGAUAAAUACAUGUUUCAAUCAUGGUAUGGCAGAUUUUGUUUUGGUUUGAUAUGUAAUUUUUUAUUCUGGAAAUACAGGUAUAAUUGUUGAGUAUUGAAUAGACAAAUACAACACUGUGUUAACAGUUCACUGUAAAAACUGAAAUAAAGUCACAAAUGUGAAUUUA